UUUGCCAAUUGGAUUUUGUAGUCUUGCUGUGGAGAGAGCAAAAAGAUGCCGCCUCCCCUCAGGCCUCAUCUCUCAUACUCUGCCCAUCUACAGAGAGGUAGGCCAUCCAGAGAAAAAGUACAUCCCAAAACCACAAAACCAGAACCAAUACCCAAAAACAAACUCUUUUUUUGAGCACAUUAAGGCACUCCAAACUCAACCCUUCAAGCUUUCCUUAGUUUUAGCCAAAAUCCACUUCUCAAAUCCUUCAAAAAACUUUCAAAACUGUCAUGAUUUGAUCUAUCAACGCCUGUACCCAAAUGGGUUUUCCCUCAAAACCCUUUUCUCUCCUCCUUUGUCUCUCUCUUUUUCUCUUUGCCAAUCCAGCUCAAUCUGCCACUGAUUACAACACUUUGGUGUAUAAGGGCUGUGCAAAACAGACUUUUCAAGAUCCAACUGGUGUAUACUCACAAGCCCUCUCUGCUCUCUUUGGUUCUUUAGUUUCCCAGUCAACUAAAACCAAGUUCUUUAAAACCACCACUGGGACUGGCCAAACCACAAUCACCGGUCUCUUUCAAUGUAGAGGAGACCUUAGUACUGGUGACUGCUACAAGUGUGUCAGUGGAUUGCCAGUGUUGACCGACAAACUCUGUGGCAAAACCAUAGCUGCAAGAGUCCAGCUUUUUGGGUGCUACAUUUUGUAUGAGGUUUCUGGGUUUACUCAGGUUUCAGGUAUGGAAAUGUUGUUCAAGACUUGUGGAGCUACAAAUAUAGCAGGAAGUGGGUUUGAAGAGAGAAGGGAUACUGCCUUUUCAGUAAUGGAAAAUGGUGUGGUUAGUGGCCAUGGGUUCUAUACUACCAGCUAUCAAUCUAUGUAUGUUUUAGGCCAAUGUGAAGGUGAUGUGGGGGAUUCAGAUUGUGGAGUGUGCGUGAAAAAUGCUGCGCAGAGAGCUCAGGUUGAAUGUGGGAACGCUAUUUCAGGACAAAUCUAUCUGCACAAGUGCUUUAUUAGCUACAGUUAUUACCCAAAUGGGGUCCCCAGGAGAUCAUCAUCAUCAUCAUCUUCUUCAUCUUCAUCUUUAUCAGGGCAAAAUACAGGAAAGACAGUGGCUAUUAUAUUAGGAGGGGCAGCCGGAGUAGGGUUCCUGGUUAUAUGCUUGUUGUUUACAAGAGGUUUAAUGAAGAAACAUGAUGAUUUUUGAGAGCAAGAGAUGAACCUUCAAAAACGCAAACAUCGCUUUUUUUGGAGUUUGGAUUCUUCCUACAUUUCCAUUUCUUUUCCAAAGCAAAAGUUUGGGUUCAAAUUUUGGUGGAGAAAUGUAGUUAAGGAUGGUAAAUCUGGGGUCUUUAUUAAAUCUUCGUGGGAGAGUUUAUUGGGAAGGCAAGCAAAUUAUUGCAUGAAUUUUUUGUGUGUUAUUAUAUAUAUAAAUAUAUUUCGACAGAGGUGAAAAGGAUGUUAGAAUGAAUGUUUGCCAUCGGAUGAAUUACAAAGAAGGUUUGAAAUGAAGUAAUUAAUGGGGUUGGCUUUU